AUGCCUGGUCAGAUAAGCUUCGGAAUACUUACUGUCAGCGACAGCAGUUAUGCGGGUAAAGGCAAUGAUUCAUCAAGUCCUAAAUUAAAAGAAGAAAUAUUAAAGGAGUUUCCAUCGGCCGAAAUAAGCGCAAUAAAAAUCGUACCAGACGAUUUGCAGGAAAUUAAAUCGACUCUAACAGAAUGGUUCGACUUGAAAAUUAACGUAAUAUUCACAACAGGCAAUCUACCAGACAUGAUCUUUGCUAUGAUCAUCAGUAGCUUGAAGAUUAAUCCAAUUGCGAUGCUCUCCAGACCCUUGAGCGGUAUUAGAGACAACACGAUGAUAGUAAAUCUGCCGGGAAGCCCUGAAAUGGUUUCGGAAUGCUUCGGUAUCAUCAAGGAAGCCUUACACCGCGCUUUGGAGCUCCUAACAGAACAAAAAAAAUCUGUGGUUUCUGGUCACGGAGCCAUGCAAAGCGACUCAGGAGCAUCCGUUGUCCCAACCACCAGCCUUAGUAAGGUGAAACUGGCUCCAUUAAGAAAAUACCGCUACCCUAUUAUCGAUGUUGAAGUUGCUUCUGCUAUUAUUAAGGAUAUUUGUUCUGAUGAAGAGGAAACCACAGAAACGGUGCCUUUGGAGAGAUCGCCUAAUCGAAUUGCAGCAGAAGAUUUUCAUGCUGAAGAAUCGAUUCCUUCAUUUGCAACUUCGAUUUUAGAUGGUUACGCUGUUAAAAGGAGUGACGGCAAAGGAAUACGUGUUGUGAAGAAUGUCGCAACUGCAGGAGAUAAGUCGAUCGAUGAAGUUCUGCAGUCAGGCGAAGCGAUAAGAAUAUCGAUGGGAGAUCCAAUUCCUGCGGGAGCAGACGCAGUGGUACCAUUGGAAGAUACAUCAGUAGUUGAAUAUUCGAUUGAUGGUUCUGAAGUAAUUAAGGUGGAAAUCAAAAGAAAACCAUACUACGAUGAAAACAUAAGAAUAAUCGGAAGCGACGUAUCGAAGAAUUCUUUGGUUUUAAAAAAAGGCGAACGUAUCAAACAUUUCUCUCUUGGAGUUUUAGCCAUGUUAGGAAAAACAAAUAUUUUGGUUUAUAAACGCCCUUCUAUAGGAGUCAUAUCAAUUGGCAAUUAUAUUUGUGAACCUAAAGAAAAACUAGCCCCUGGCAAAAUCAGAGAUGCAAAUAGAUUCACCUUAAUUAAUUUGCUUAAAAAUGUCCAUUAUGAAGCAAACGAUUGUGGCAUAGCUAAAGACAAUCCUGAAGCAAUAAAGCAAGCUCUUGAACAAAGUUUUACUUGUAACGAUGUUAUUAUAACGAACAGUUCAAUGGGAGAAUUGGACAUGUUGAAACGGGUCCUUGUUGAGGAUUUUCAAGCUACUAUACAUUUUUGCAGGAUAAAGAUGGAACCCGGAAAAUACACGACCUUUGCGACACUUAUGUAUAAUGAAACAUUGAAAAUCGUAUUUGGCCUAACGGGUAAUCAAUCUUCCUGUGCAAUAACUUGUAUAUUAUUCGUUAUUCCUGCUCUACGCUUAAUGGAAAAAUCUCCCUUCGAAGGUUUUGUACCUAUUUCUAUACCACCAAUGAAUUUAUCAUAUCAUCCGUCAUGUAAUAGAGAUGAUUGUCCAGAGUACAAAUUAGUUAAAGUAAAUAUGACUUCGACUGGAGUGGCAACUGCAUAUCCAGUAAGAGGAACAAGUAAUUUAGAUAAAGUAAACGGUUUACUUAUACUUGAGCCAAAGAAAGAUUACUUAAGUAAAGAUUCAAAAGGAGACUAUCGCAAUCUUUACAAUGUAAUAUUAUUUCAUGAGAAUUAUUAUCAGUGA